UUUUCAGCACCUGGCAUGCCUGGAUGUCCCUGCUGUGGCAUGGCGGGCCAAAGGCUCCUCUUCUUCACUGCUGUUGCCCUGGAGCUCCUGGGAGGGGCUGGGGGUUCCCAGCAGCCCCUCCGGAACCGGGGGGCUGCAGCAGCCUGUCGCCUAGACAACAAGGAAAGCGAGUCCUGGGGGGCUCUGCUGAGUGGGGAGAGGCUGGACACCUGGAUCUGCUCCCUCCUGGGCUCACUCAUGGUGGGACUCAGCGGGGUCUUCCCGCUGCUCGUCAUUCCCCUGGAGAUGGGGGCCACACUGCGCUCAGAAGCUGGGGCCCAGCGCCUGAAGCAGCUGCUCAGCUUUGCCCUGGGGGGACUCUUGGGCAAUGUGUUUCUCCACCUGCUGCCUGAGGCCUGGGCCUACACGUGCAGCUCCAGCCUUGGUGGUGAGAGGCAGAGCCUGCAGCAGCAACAGCAACUGGGGCUGUGGAUCAUUGCUGGCUUCCUGACUUUCCUGGCUUUGGAGAAGAUGUUCCUGGACAGAAAGGAGCAGGAGAGGACCAACCAGGCCCCCAGCAAAGACCCUGCUGCUGCUGCCGCGCUCAAUGGAGGCCUCUAUCUGGCCCAGCCGGCUGCAGAGCCUGGCCUGAGCUCCGUGGUCCGGAGCAUCAAAGUCAGUGGCUAUCUCAACCUGCUGGCCAACACCAUAGACAACUUCACUCAUGGGCUGGCUGUGGCCGCCAGCUUCCUUGUGAGCAAGAAGAUCGGGCUCCUGACCACCAUGGCCAUCCUCCUGCAUGAGAUCCCCCAUGAGGUGGGCGACUUUGCCAUCCUGCUCCGGGCCGGCUUUGACCGAUGGAGCGCAGCCAAGCUGCAGCUCUCUACGGCACUGGGGGGCCUGCUGGGCGCCUGCUUCGCCAUCUGUACACAGUCCCCCAAGGGAGUAGAGGAGACUGUGGCCUGGAUCCUGCCUUUCACCUCUGGUGGCUUUCUCUACAUCGCCCUGGUGAACGUGCUACCCGACCUCUUGGAGGAAGAUGACCCAUGGCACUCCCUGCAGCAAGUGCUUCUGCUCUGCGCGGGGAUCCUGGUGAUGGUGCUGUUCUCGCUCUUCGUGGAGUAACCAUCCCUGACACCCCACCCCUCACAACAAGACUUGGAUUUACUCUGUGACCAUGUGUGAAGGCAGAGAGGGCGAGUGUCAGAGCCAGCAGGCCUCCGACUAGACAAGAGGAUGGUGUGUGUGUGUGUGUGUGUGUGUGGUGUGCACGUGUGGACAGAGGUGUGUGAGACCAACACAAGUGUGUGAGACCGACACUGUGAUCCCUCAUGCACUGGGCCCAGGACCCAGUGCCCACGCCCAUCCCUAGCCACACUGUGGUCCUCCCUCCUUGCCACCCUGUCAUCUUGCACCUCCCAGAGAGAGCAGUGAGGAAACCAGCACUGGUCCCAAACUGAGGCCUCUCCCCACCAGGACCCCAAGGGGAGUGAAGGGCAGCCCAAGGAGCCCUCGGCUGCAGGGAACCCCAAAGCUGUCUCCUACUGGGGCCUCACAGGUCCCUGGCUGAGAGUAAACCCCUCUGCUCAUGCACCCAGCCCUGGGCAGCCUAGCAGCCAAGGUGGAGGUGACUUCUCUUUGCUGCAUCCAUGGUCCUGGCUCCUCUGCCAGCUCUAAGGCCAAAGAAAGGAAAGGCAGGUGCUCUUGCAGCCCCCAGCCCCACUCAGCACUGACAGCCCUACCCCUCCCAGCAUGAAACUGGGAGAUGCUUUCUAAGAUUUGGGCCAGCUCCUGUCCCCCAGCAAAUGCUCCCUGGCAGCACCAGCAGCUCUUGCCACCUCUAGCUGCCAAACAGCAGCCUGCAGGGCAGCCAGCAGCCCUGGGCAAGAGAGGCCUCCCAAGCCAGCUCAGGAUUGCUCAUGCCAGCACAGGGGCCAGGCAGAUAUUCUGGGGGCAGAAAGAGAGUGGUUCAUGGCUGCCCCUCCCUGCUCCGGCCCCUUUUACUGUCCCAGUAGGGCUGAGGUGGGGGUGGUGAGCACUCCAUGUUGUCAGCACUCAGGAAUGUGCUCUGGGAGAAUGCUGAAGCCAUAAUCCCCAGCUAUUUCCCUUGGCUGACGCCCAGGUACUCAGCUGGCCCACUCCACAGCCAGGCCCCAGCCCUGCUGAUCGACCGCGGACUUGCUCAGAAGUGGCCAUCAAGAGGGUCUGAAUAGUUUUACAGCAGUUUUGCUGAUUCCGUUUGUAUCUGUAAAUACCUAUUCUAUAUAUAAGAUGCAAAUAAAUAUUAUACACAAA